CUCGAGACCGCUCGUAGGCGCGCAAGCUUGCGAGGCCUCUACUUCUCGCACAAUACAUCGGCCCACCUGGGACUGAGCUGCGAUUCAGUCUGUCCUACAGCGAGCUCUUGAAAGGCGGACAUCAUGGCGGCCGCCAGCUGGACACCCCAGCAGGAUGGCUUGAGCGAGCUGCUGGGGCUCUUCAGAGAGUCGCAGAAUCCUGACCGGGAUGUGCAAAUACACAUCGCCAAUAGGUUGGAGACAUUGCGGCAGAUCCCAGACUAUGCGAAUUACCUUGUAUACGUCUUGACGCAAAUGCCUCAGGAGGAAACGAACACGCGAUCCAUCGCAGGUCUCAUCCUCAAGAACCACAUUCUGAACUACAGCCAGACGCUGCAGCCGGACAGCGUCGCCUACGUCAAGGCGGCCAUCCUUCCUGCGAUUUCUUUGGAAGAGGAUAUGCUUAGGCGGACUUCCACCCAGGUCGUCUCGAUGAUCAUGGAAAUUUAUCGACCAGAGUCUUGGCCAGAGGGGCUGGAGCAGUUGAUAUCAUUGAUGACUUCACAGCAUCCCAAGGGCUGCGAGGGAGCAUUCAGCACAUUGGCCAAGAUGUGCGAAGACAUUCCCAAAGAGAUUGAAGAAUGCGAAAUCAACGGCAUGCGACCUUUGCAGAUCUUGAUACCCAAGUUUUUGGAAGCCACGAAUCAUCCUGAUCCGCUGGUCAGAUGCCAUGCCCUGAACUGUCUCAACCAAUUCAUAUCUGCGUCAUCAGCAGCGCUGCAGGAGCAGUUAGACCUCUACAUCAAGGCGCUCUUUGAGCGCUCCAGCGACCCGAACGACUCGGUGCGACGCUUCGUAUGUCAAGCCAUAGUUCUCAUCCUCGGCGCUAGGCCAGAUAAGCUCUUGCCACAGCUGUCGGGUGUGGUCGACUACAUGCUUUACUGCACGGCGGAUAAAGAUGACGAGGUUGCACUGGAGGCCUGCGAAUUCUGGCUGCAAUUCUCCGAAGACCCUCAGCUCAGCGAUCAUCUUCGACCAUACUUGCCAACAGUCGCACCUGUCCUCCUCAAAAGCAUGGUGUACAGCGAAAUUGACUUGCUCAUCCUGGGUGCCGACCAAGACGACAAUGAUGAGGCGGAGCCGGACAGGCCAGAAGACAUCAAGCCGAAGCAUUACGGUGGUGCAACAAAGCGUAAUGAGCACGUCGACGAAGCCGAGCAGAACGGCGCUGGUGGCAGCAAGAUGUCGCGCGCCGCUUUGGAAGCUGAAGAUGAGGACGACGACGAGGAUGAUGAUGACGAAGACGAUUACGAGGAUGAUAGCGACGAUGAUGGAUCGGGCGAGUGGAACCUGCGAAAAUGCUCGGCCGCAGCUCUGGACGUGAUGGCUGUGCAAUUCGGCAAUGAGCUGCUGCAAAUCUUGUUGCCCUACUUGAAGGAGCGCCUUUUCUCGGAUGAUUGGCUUCAGCGUGAAGCAGGUAUUUUGGCUCUCGGUGCCAUUGCUGAGGGUUGCAUUGCUGGUAUACAUGAACAUUUGCCGCAGCUCGUACCUUUUCUCAUCAAUAGCUUGCAGCACCCCAAGCCUUUGGUGAGGUCCAUUGCCUGCUGGACGCUCGGCAGAUACUCGUCGUGGACCGUGGGCACCAGAACGCCCGAGCAUCAACAGCAAUAUUUCUUGCCAGCCAUGGAAGGACUGCUGGGCAUGGUGCUCGACAGGAAUAAGCGCGUCCAAGAGGCUGGCUGCAGCGCCUUUGCAACGUUGGAAGAGGAAGCUGGCGCGAGCUUGCAGCCCUUCUUGGAGCCGAUCCUCAAGACACUGGUCUUUGCUUUCAACAAGUAUCAGCAAAAGAAUCUGCUCAUCCUCUACGACGCUAUCGGGACGUUGGCCGACUGCGUCGAAUCGGCAUUGAAUCGCCCAGAAUAUGUGGAAAUCAUCAUGCCACCUCUGAUCAGCAAGUGGCAAAGCUUGGACGACGGCGAUGCGGAUCUUAUUCCUUUGCUCGAGUGCCUUUCAUCUGUCACCAUUGCUGUAGGCCCCGGCUUCUUGCCCUACUCCCCACCCGUCUUUCAACGAUGCGUAGGACUCGUUCACAGCAACCUCGUCGCUGCGCAGGCAGAAGCGCAGAAACCCCUUGACGAACAGGAGAUGCCAAAUCGGACGUUCAUCAUCGUGGCGUUGGAUCUGCUCAGCGGCUUGACGCAAGGCCUGGGUGCGGAUGUGCAACCACUCAUCGAGCAGUCAAACCCUUCUUUGCUGCCUCUGCUUGGUGCAUGCUUGACCAAUCCCGAUCCUCCGGUCCGUCAGUCAGCAUAUGCGCUGCUGGGCGAUUUGGCAAUCUGCGCGUUCCGUCUUCUGAGACCGCAAUUGCCUUCGAUCAUGAAGGAAUUGAUAGCUCAAAUCGUUGUGGACCCUCCAAGCGAGAGCGUUAGCGUCUGCAACAACGCGACCUGGGCAGCCGGAGAAAUUGCGCUUCAGUAUCAAGGUCAAGAUACUAGCGAGCUGCAUCAAUGGAUCCCUUCCUUGACGGAAAGGCUGAUUCCCGUGCUGAUGAGCACCAAGAGUCCGAAGAGCUUGAUGGAGAAUGCGGCUGUCACCAUCGGCAGGAUUGGACUCGUCUGCCCUGCCCUCGUCGCUCCCCAUCUCGAACAGUUCAUCGAACAGUGGUGUCAGGCCUUGUGGGACAUCAAGGACAACGACGAGAAAGACUCUGCGUUUAGAGGUCUCUGUGCCAUGAUACAGGCCAACCCUAAUGGCGCUGCCAAAGGCUUCGUGUAUUUCUGCAAUGCCGUCGUCCGCUGGACCUCGCCUUCCCAAGCGUUGAACGACCAAUUCUCCAGCAUUCUGAAUGGAUUCAAAGAAAUGGCUGGUCCAAAUUGGCAAACGCAAAGAACGCAAUUCCCUUCACUUAUUGCUCAGAGACUGGAGCAACGUUAUGGCCUAUGAGUGUUUUCGUAAUGCCAAUACUGUCAAGAAAAAA